AUGCCAGACAUAUUCACCGCACAGAUCCAGCCACAUACCUACCUGUUGCAGAUGAUCGCGCGAACGAUGAAUUUCCAGACGCGCAGGAAUCUCCUGGAAACCAACCAGGAUGUUUGCAUGAACAGUUCUUGCGACUCGUUCAUAAUCAACACGAGGUUUUAUUUGGAAUACCUGAACUUGUACUACGUUCCGGUCAUCGUAGUGGUCGGUGUUGUAGGCAACUUCCUAUCGUUUCUGGUACUGCUGACGACUCACCUCAAGGUGCGGAGCUCUAGCUACUACCUAGCUGCACUCGCGGUGACCGACUCUGGGUACCUGGCUUGUAUUCUUCUGGUGUACUGCAGCUCCAAUGGAGUUGUCGACUGGUUCCACCAAGACGGGUUCUGCCAGCUGUGGGUGUACCUAACGUACGUGUGUUCGUUUUUGAGCGUGUGGUUCAUAGUGGCGUUCACUGUUGAGCGGUUUAUUGCGGUGCGGUACCCGCUCAGGAAACCGUACGUUUGCACCGUGUCCAGGGCAAAGAUGAUCGUGCUGAGUUUGACGUGUGUGGCUUUUUUAUUGCACUCUUACGUCUUUUGGAUCGCUAGCGUGGUGGACCAAAGGUGCCAUUUGAACCCGGAUUAUGUGGACUUGGCGGAGUAUGUCAAUUAUGUGGACACCAUUGUUACUUUCUUGGUGCCGGUAGUGCUUAUAGUCGGGAUGAAUGCUUUGAUAGCUCGCAGUUUGCUGCGUUUCAGGAAGAAUACGCAAAGAGGGGUUCUGGGUGGAAUAGUUAUGCUGUCGGAGAAUUGCGCAUUAUACGAGAUGAACAAUUCGCAGAGCACUAGUUCUACCAAAAAGUCAAAGGAAACCCAUAGCUCACCGGACCUGAACGUUGAAAGACUGAAGAAAAUCACGGUUAAGAAUAUUCACAGCAGAAGGAAUAGUCGUAUGAGUAAGCAUAAUGAAUAA